AAACAUGGCUGCCAUGUUGCGUCUCUAACGCUUGCUUCUCAAUGUUAAAUACUGUUGCUAGUUGAACCCUGCGGCACUUUAAAUUAGCAAGAACAGUUGCUGACUGGGCCUUUACAGCUACCGACAUGUUCCAGGUCCUCGGGGGACGGAGCGUCCAGGCUGCCCGGCUGCUCGCGCCCAGGAGCGCCGUGCUCGUGGAGGCUGUCCGGGGCCGAAAGUCCCGGACCGACCCGGUGGCCAAAUCUAAAGAAGGACGGAUCAAAGUGCCUUCAGCCGUCGACCCGGUGGAGAUGGUGGUGCUCAAGGAGAGAUACUCGGAGUACGAGCUCAUCAUGAGGGCGCUUCGGAUGGAGUUCAAGGAGGAGGUGCUGCGCAAAAAGUACGAGGAGGAGAUGGGCGCCCAGGCUGAACUGAGGGCGAGACAGGAAGAGGAGGAGCAUCGCUCCCUGAUGGACUGGAAUAAUCAGGAAAACUUGCGGCUACUGAAAGCCAGAGUACUGAGGAUCCAACAGGAAGAGGAGGAAGCUGAGAGGAAGAAAAUGGAAGCCGCCAUUCAGCGGGAACAGGAGCAACAGGAGUUCAUCAGGCAGAAAGAGGAAGAGAUUUUGAAGCUGCAGGAGGAGGCGAAAAACUUUGUCACCUUGGAAAACCUGGAUCAGCGAAUCGAUGAGGCGCUGGACAAUCCAAAGAAUUACAACUUUGCCAUCGACAAAGAGGGGAAAGUGGUCAAGAGGACAGUGCUGCAGUGAAACGGCUGAGUUCACGUCUGCGUGUUUUUUUUCCCCAUCAAGACUCAGAUCAGACUUCUGUCGUCCUUUUCAUGCCUCCAUCUGUAGUGUAUAUUAUUGUAAAAAUGUUUUCUUUUUCAACAUAAACAUAUAAAAAGGUGAUAUGUAACACACA